AUGUUUGAAAAGAAGGAACUCCAGCCUACGUUUGAGGCAGAGGUCAUGGGCUGUCAAUCGGCAUGCUACGAAUGGGCAGACAGCUACGACAGCAAGGACUGGGAGCGUCUGCGCAAGUGCGUUGCUCCGACUCUGAAGAUUGACUACCGGUCCUUCUUGGACAAGAUAUGGGAGGCGAUGCCAGCGGAUGAGUUUGUGGCCAUGGCCUCUGACCCUGCGGUGCUCGGCAACCCCCUCCUCAAGACACAGCACUUCAUCGGCGGAACACGGUGGGAGAAGACGGCCGAGGAUGAGAUUACGGGAUACCACCAGCUGCGAGUGCCUCACCAGCGAUACACGGAUGAGUCACGGGCGACGGUGGCAGUCAAGGGCCACGCCCACAGCUUCAACACGCACUGGUACAAGAAGAUUGACGGCGAGUGGAAGUUUGCCGGGCUGAACCCGGACAUUAGGUGGUACGAGUAUGACUUUGACAAGGUGUUUGCAGAGGGCCGCGAGCAGCUGGGCGAGGCCAAGGCUGCUGCUGGCAUCCCGGAGACGGCGCCUGGCCAGGCUGUGUAG